UACCUUUUCUGGAUGUUUCGUGUAAGUGGACUCAUACAACAUGUGGCCUCUUGUGUGCCUUUGUUUUUAUAGAUGCCCUCCAUCUGCUGUCCUUUGCCAAGAUCAGAGAAUAAAGAUUUUUAGGUAUGCAGAAUGAAUUAAAACUCCCUUCUUAAAUUAAUAGUUAACAUGGUCAACAAAAGUAUUUUUCCAUCCUUAUAAUGUCUCCACUCUCUUAAAGCAUAGGGCCAGGUGUCGGAGCGGAUUCUGCCCAUCAGCUGGACAGGCCCCAAGGGAAGGCAUGGAAAGGCCUGUGGCCUCUGCGGGGUGUCCAGGGCCCAGGCCGAGGCCGCAGGGAGUGCAGGGAGCUCAGCCGGGCAGCCCGAGCGUGUCCCCCCCUCCUGUGGGGACACACAGUGACGGCUCUAACGAGCGUCCGAGGAACCCGCUGCCUCUAACCGCACCUCACGUGUGCAGUUCAGAAAAACCCAAGUUUAUCUGCCAAAUUCAGGAUGCAACCCUGACUGUUCCGGGCUUUUCUUUCUGCCUUUCCCUAAUCUCAUCGGGGCGUGCUCUCUUAAAGGGGAAGUGGUGCGUUUUGACUGGCCAGGCCCUCCGCCGGGAGCCAGGAAACAUCAACCACAAGUCGCCUUGCCCAGCCUUGCCCAGCGUGUCACUGGCUCAGCCUCCUUAUCCAAACGGCAAGGCCGUCUCCCCGGGAUGUAGAGAAGGCACAGUUCAAUGUGUAGACCUUCUCCCUCUCCAGCGUCUCCAGCCUCCAAUUCCAGGACAUCACUAGUACAGGUGAAAACAAAAGCCUGUCUCAGCGGCCAUAACUCUGCCAGCAGCACCUCAAAGCCAUUCAAAACGCCCAAAGACAAUCUACUUACCUCCAGCAACAAACAGCACACGGUCUUUUCUGCAAAAGGAUCAAGGGAUAAACCAUGCAUUCCGGUUCCUGUAGUCAGUUUAGAGAAAAUUCCUAACCUAGUGAAGGCAGAUGGUGCCAAUGUCAAAAUGAACUCUACAACCACUACCACAGUCACCUCCUCCACUUCGUCCUCUGCUGUCUCCACCCCACCUUUAAUCAAGCCGGUUUUGAUGUCCAAGCCAGUGCCACCUUCGCCAGAGAAGAUUUUAAAUGGCAAAGGAAUUCUGUCAGCCGUAAUAGAUAAGAAACACCAAAAUGGCACCAAAAACAGCAACAAGCCUUACAGGAGACUUUCAGAGAGAGAAUUUGACCCAAAUAAACACUGUGGAGUAUUGGAUCCCGAGACAAAGAAACCUUGCACAAGAUCCCUCACCUGCAAGACACAUUCACUAAGCCAUCGGAGGGCAGUCCCAGGCCGGAAAAAGCAAUUCGACCUUCUCCUGGCAGAACACAAAGCCAAGUCCCGGGAAAAGGAAGUUAAGGAUAAAGAGCAUCUCCUGACUUCAACAAGGGAAAUACUUCCAAAUCAACCCGGGACCGCACAGGAUUCUCUUCCAGGAUCUUCAGGGAACUCUGGACCAGAAUCUAAAGUUGUGUCCCCUGCAAAAUCCAGGCCACCUAAUUCUGUACUUCCUAGACCAUCAUCUGCAAAUAGCAUCAGUAGCAGCGCAUCUUCAAAUCACAGUGGCUACACUCCGGAACCCCCCCUGCCUCCUGUUGGAGGUGACCUUGCCAGCCGACUGUCCAGUGAUGAAGGGGAGAUGGAAGGAGCUGAUGAAUCCGAGAAAUUAGACUGUCAGUUCUCCACACACCACCCCAGACCUCUUGCGUUUUGCUCAUUCGGGAGUCGCCUCAUGGGACGAGGGUACUAUGUGUUUGAUAGAAGAUGGGAUCGGUUUCGAUUCGCACUGAACUCCAUGGUAGAAAAACACUUGAAUUCACAGAUGUGGAAGCACAGAAGCCCGAGCCACAGGGCAUCAGGUCCCUCCCCCCUUUUCAGGACUUGCCUAACCAAUCUGCUGUCACUGAGCAACAUUGGGGCUGCCUGGGUGUCAACUCUGGAGAGCGUAGCACCCCGCUGCCCUCUCAACCUCGCUGCCCAAACCCCAGGCCCCGACGGGCCCGAACCUGGAGGGAUGGCAGCCGAUGGGGGCAUGGAAGACAUUAGGAAGAAAAGGAACGGCCAAGACUCUUUUUUCUUUAACAAGCAUUUAAGUCUGCAUCAGGAGACGCCAACACAGUAUUCUCUUUCAGCCAGGAAGAUCCCUCCUGCGAAAGAUAGCCCCCUGCCCUCGCCAGCAGCCCACAUCACCACCCCUGUUCCAGCAUCCGUUUUACAACCCUUCAGCAACCCCAGUGCUGUGUAUCUUCCUUCAGCUCCCAUCAGCUCGAGGCUCACCUCUUCUUACAUAAUGACAUCCGCCAUGCUCUCAAACGCAGCUUUCGUGACAUCGCCGGACCCAAGCGCCCUCAUGUCACACACCACAGCUUUCCCUCAUGUGGCUGCAACCCUCAGCAUCAUGGACUCAACCUUCAAGGCCCCAUCCGCCGUGUCCCCGAUACCAGCUGUCAUCCCUUCCCCAUCCCACAAGCCAUCCAAAACCAAAACCAGCAAAUCCUCAAAAGUCAAAGACCUGUCCGCCCGGAGCGAUGAGUCUCCAAGUAACAAAAAGAGGAAGCCGCAGUCUACGACUUCCUCCUCCUCCUCCUCCUCAUUUUCCCUGCAGACCUCCCUCGCGUCUCCAUUAUCAGGGCCCCACAAAAAGAACUGUGUUUUGAACACCAGUUCGGCUUUGAACUCUUAUCAGGCCGCCCCUUCCUUUAACAGUCUGUCCGUGCACAACUCAAACAAUGGCGUGAGCCCACUCAGUGCCAAACUGGAGCCCUCAGGACGGACCUCGCUGCCCGGCGGCCCCGCGGACUCAGGGAGACACGCGGGCGCGGUGGGCGGCGGCAGCGACUCCUGUGCCCUCUCUGUGCCCUCCCUCGCGCUCCACGCGGGAGACCUCUCUCUGGCCUCACACAAUGCCGUGUCAUCUCUGCCCCUCUCUUUUGACAAAUCAGAAGGAAAAAAGCGUAAGAACUCGAGUUCUAGUAGCAAAGCCUGUAAAAUCACUAAAAUGCCUGGUAUGAAUAGCGUUCACAAAAAGAACCCGCCCAGCCUUCUCGUGCCGGUGCCCGAUCCGGUUAACAGCGCCUCCUCGCGGCAGGUUGGGAAAAAUAGCAGCCUAGCUUUGUCACAAUCCAGUCCUUCAAGCAUAUCCAGCCCAGGACACAACCGACAGAAGACCACAAACAGACCGGGCAGGAUAAGGACUCUUCCAUAACAAGAUUAUGAAGCCACUUCCAAACCAAUUCCCGGCCACCUGAUCCCAUCCCAGGAGGCCUUGGCAGGAGGAGGAGGGAGGGAGUGGGCAGUGGGGGAGAGUCAAUUUCCUGUGCCCUGCCUGUGGCUCUAGCCUUUCUCCUUUUCUUUACUUGACCAAUUUUUAGUUUUGAAGAAAAAGGAAAAGACAAAAAAAAACAAAAAACAAAAAAAAACCGUGAAUUUGAGAUUUACGGAAAACAAUACCAGUGUUUUGUUUCCGUUGUCUUUCCUUUCAUUUCCACCAGUUUAAACAUUCUUCUAGAUUUGGGGUCACCGCUGUAGCUUCUGAUGUUGCUCUUGCACCAUCAUUUUGCUCCAGCCAUCAAGAGCGGACAUUGCAUUGGGUUGGCAUCGUCUGAAACUCUUGAACUUUUGCACGUGCAGUACUCCUUUCCUUCCUCGUCCUGUCCCACCCCAACCCUCCCAUCUCCUCCCACCUCCACUCACUGGAUCCCCACUGGCCACCAGAAGCUGCCAGCUGGCACCAGCUCCCCUCUUGAGAGCAUGCUAGGGGGCCCUCUGCAGGGGAGGAGUGGGGGCCACAGCCUGUUCCUGGGGAGCAGAGAGCUGGAGGGUGGGCGGGGUGCCCUCCUCAGGUUUCUCCGGCCCACGUGGGCAGGAGUGCAAUGUUACGGGCAAAAUUGAGAUGAGCAGCCAUUUAGGGAUUUGGUUUACCCAAUAUCACUGUCCAGCUGUGCAGCUCAAACAGGAUAUAUUGUGACAGGUUGUGUGAUUGCUCAGGGGUGUAAUGGGCCUGGGAAGGUGGCAGGAAGCAGAGCAGGGGGCAUAUCUCAAAAGAGGGUGGGAGCUGGGUACAAGCUGAGCUUGUUAGGAAUCCACUCUGCAUACUCCCCUUCCAGGGCCCAGUGUGCAAGAGCUCAAAGGUAGGCGAGCCAGAGGGGGAAGAAUUCCAGGGAGGAAGGCUGCAAGAGACCGGGAAGCCAUUCCGUGGGGAGGCACGUUGUCACAGCUGCAGAAAGUUCCCAGUCUGCCUUCCAGUGCUAGGGAAAAGGAGAAAAUGAGGGAAGAAGAAGGAAGGGUCCCUGAGGGGAAGCUUCCGUAAGUUAUGUGUCAAGCCCCUUGUGAGAAUACUAGCAUUUCCCACCAACCUCCAUGCCCUGGGCCACGGAGACCCUGCGGAAUCAGCACACUCCCAGAUCAGCAUGCUCUAGGUCAUCAGAUGUCCCAACUCUGAUACAGGCCCCUGCUAGGAGUGGAAAGGACAAGCCACUGCUUAGUGAAAAACCAUUUGGAAGUGCUGGAAGAGAGAAGUUGGAGCCAUAAAUUAUUCACACUGGAGUUUUGAAAGAAACAUCAAUAUUAUAGCUCUAAUAGAGGAUCAUAACCAGGAAAGGAAUUCACAAUAUAAAACACAGGGUUCUAGGCUAUUAAUCAUGUAACUUUGCAUAAGGCAUCUGGUAAAUGUUAUUUAAAAUAGCAAAGAUACUGGGAGGUUUCGCUCCAUCCUUAAAUCAGAAAUGAAUGCUAGAUUUGCAGCUAGGCACAACCCUCACCCCACCCAGAAGUUUCCCUUUUCUUUACCAUCUCUCCCAACCCAAAGAUCAGACUACUGUUAAAGUUUCAUCACACGAUUGGAAUUUUCAAAGACGGGAAGCAAACGGAGUGAUUCGUAUCAAUGGAAUUGCACUGACAGUGUUUCUUAUAGGAUUACUAAAUUUUUUAAUAUAAAAUGAAGAUUUUUUAAAAAAUCAGGAGUUAUUAGGUACCAGGACAUUAGUUCAUAUGAUUUCAUUUUUAUUUCUACAGGGUUAAAAGUGCACUUAAUAUGCUGGCUUAUUUCGUCUUGGGAAAAAGAGACUGCAAAUUGAAGGGAAGAUUGUUACUUUUUUCUUUUUUUAAAAAAAGGUUAAGGCAGAUUUUAAGACUUAUAAAUGUUUAAGAAAUUAUAAACAAGGUUAGACCCUUUGAAAAAAGUUUAGAAGAUAUUCUUAAAAGUAAAUUUUUAUAGUGUUAAUUUUGUAAUAAUUUAUGUUUUACUAUAUAACAGAGCUAACUGACCAGAGUAGGUUCUGAAACAAUAUGAAACUUAGGAAAGUUUAAGCAAUGUUUAUAUUUUUAAAAUGUUCUUUGAAUUACGUUUUUAUUGUACAUUUCUUCAGACUGAAAAGUAUGUACAUAUCUUUGUUAUUUUUGCACAAUUUUUGUCUUGUUCGAAUUUAGAAGUCUGUUGUUUUUUAUAAUUUAUUUUUGAGUUGUAAAACUUGCAGGAGUGAAAACAAAACAAAUCUCAGCAACAAAAUAACUCUCUGAUUUAAAAACUCCUAUAUUCAAAGAGGGAAAACAAAGAUUGUGAGAUUAAGUAGCUGCUUCUGAGAAAUAAUGUCUCAACAGUGACUCACGGAGCAAUUCAAUAGAUUUAAACAUUUUAGCUCUCAACAUACAUUUUGAAUUGGAAGCUGGAAUAAAGAGGCUCCCCACCAAAUGCUGCUCCAUGGUUAAAGACUAGUUCUGACCACGGUGGUGACAUUUCUGGAAAACCGAGCAAAAAGGGAAAACCCACGGUAUUUCUUCCUUCACAAUCAACCAUAGGUUUACUUUAUAAUGAUGUAUUAAAAACUUGCAGCUUGAAAAAUGGAAUGCAAAUAAAAGGUUUGCUUUUGGUUUGUUUUAAUGGAGGUAAACUGGACCAGCCUAUACAGCAUUUGUAGGAUGAUAACCUUUGGGUUCUUCUGUUCUGCACACCCCACCCAGCCUUCUCUCCCAGUCCCUUGACUGCACAUACCCCUAUUUGCCUGAAGAUCUCGUGACUCGUCUCCAACCUUAGAGGCUCAGAAGCUCUGGUUGUUAAGCAUAAUGCAAUGCAUAGACCUGUCAGCCAUAAAAAAGCGACUUGGAUAACUUGUAUGCCUUCUUUUGUAUCAAUGUACCAAUUGUAAAUAAUGCUGAUCAACCUUUGUAGAGAAUAGUUUAUACAGCAUAUUCUAUUAUUGCUGAUUCUCAGUGAACUCUUGUUUUAAAAA